AUGCCCAGAAAUAUCCAGAGACCCCAGGUGGGGACACAGAGCCAAGAUGCAGCCCCGCCUUACCCUUCUGACCACGAAUUACCCUCAGAAGUGUCCAGCGAGCAGAAGCAUGUGGCUCUGGGAAGGAUCCAGCUAGAGACAGGGUACCGGAAACUGCUGAAGGAAAUGGAGGAGGGUGUGAUCACAUCAGGAGACUCGUUCUACAUCCGGCUGAACCUGAACAUCUCCAGCCACAUGGAUGCCUGCUCCAUGUCCCUGAAGUGUGACGACGUGGUACAUGUCCGGGACACAAUGUACCAGGACAGGCACGAGUGGCUGUGUGCACGGGUUGACCCCUUCACAGACCAGGACCUGGACACCGGUACCAUCCCCAGCUACAGCCGGGCCCAGCAACUCCUCCUGGUGAAAGUUCAGCGCCUGAUGCACCGAGGCCGCGAAGAGGCAGACAGCACCCACCAUACCCUGAAAGCCCUGCGGCCCGAAGAACAGCUGUCAACCAGCGACCCCCGCGUCAGUCCCCGCCUCUCAAGAGCGAGUUUUCUCUUCGGCCAGCUCCUCCAGUUCGUCAGCAGGUCGGAGAACAAGUACAAGCGAAUGAACAGCAACGAGCGAGUACGCAUCAUCUCUGGGAACCGCCUGGGGAGCCCAGCUCGGUCCUCCCUGGAUGUCACCAAGCUCUUGGUCGAGAAGCACGAAGCAGCAGAGCUGGAAGCAGACAGUGACCUCAGCAGGAACCUCAGCCUGAUCCCCUACAGCCUCGUUCGCGCCUUCCACUGCGAGCGCCGCCGGCCCGUGCUCUUCACGCCGACCAUGCUGGCCAAGACGCUGGUACAGAAGCUGCUCAACUCAGGGGGUGCCAUGGAGUUCACCAUCUGCAAGUCUGACAUCGUCACCAGAGACGAGUUCCUCCGAAAGCAGAAGACAGAAACCAUCAUCUACUCCCGGGAAAAGAACCCCAGUACCUUUGAAUGCAUCGUCCCUGCCAACAUCGAGGCCGUGGCGGCCAAGAACAAACACUGUCUGCUGGAGGCUGGGCUUGGCUGUGUGCGAGACCUCAUCAAGUGCAAGGUCUACCCCAUCGUGCUCCUCAUCCGUGUGUGCGAGAAGAACAUCAAGAGAUUCAGGAAGCUGCUGCCACGGCCCGAGACGGAAGAGGAGUUCCUGCGCAUGUGCCGGCUGAAAGAGAAGGAGCUGGAGGCGCUGCCCUGCCUGUACGCCACGGUGGAGGCUGAGAUGUGGGGCAGCGUGGAGGAGCUGCUGCGUGUCCUCAAAGACAAGAUCAGCGAGGAGCAGCGCAAGACCAUCUGGGUGGACGAGGACCAGCUGUGAGGCUGAGCCGGGGACCCUGAACACCCACCCUAGGCCUGGGGCUCUGUCCUCCGCACAAUAGAGCCAUGAGAGAGGUCAGGUGCUGCUGGCACGAGCAGAGAUGGGCCAACCCAGGACACAGAGGCCAGGGCUGGGCCUGAGGCCAGCCGUCCCUCGGAGGCCUAGGCCAGAGCAGCGGUUGAAUGUUAAGGCAUUAGGGCCAGUGCGGGUGGCUGCCUGCAGGCUGAGGCCUCUGACAGCCCGGGCUACCACUACCUCUGUGGACACGUAGACCCAUGGCCCAAGCAGAAGCCUCCCAUUUUCCCAUGUUAUUAUUUCCUUUGCAUUAAAUUUUUUCUAGUUCCUUGUCUUA